AGGAGGCGAGAGCUGCUGCUGGAGACUCUGCUGGCCACACCGCGGCUCGGCGGGGUCGGUGGCGCGAGUUCCCCUCGAUGGGCGGGCAGGUAAGCGCGUCCGGCGGCGUCCAGAGCCUGCCCCGCAGCACGAACAUGAACGCCAAUGCAGACUGGAUGUCGGCGCUGUGCCCUCGGCUGUGGGACGUGCCCGUCCACCACCUCUCCAUCCCGGGGAGCCACGACACGAUGACCUACUGCCUGAACAAGAAAUCCCCCAUUUCCCACAGCCAGUCCUGGCUGCUGCAGCUUCUGGGCAAGCUCCUGCCGUGCGUCACCCAGCCCAUGGUGCUGAAGUGGUCCGUCACCCAGGGGCUGGACAUCACGGAGCAGCUGGACGCGGGGGUGCGGUACCUGGACCUGCGGAUCGCGCACAUGCCCAAGGGCCCCGACAAGAACCUGCACUUCGUGCACUCCGUGUACACGACGGCGCUGGUGGAGGACACGCUCACGGAGAUCUCGGAGUGGCUAGAGAGCCAUCCCCGGGAGGUGGUCAUCCUGGCGUGCAGGAACUUCGAGGGAAUGACGGACGACCUGCACGAGUACCUGGUGGCCUGCAUCAAGAACAUCUUUGGGGACAUGCUGUGUCCCCGAGGGGAGGUGCCGACGCUGCGCCAGCUGUGGACACGGGGCCAGCAGGUCAUCCUGUCCUACGAGGACGAGGGCUCCGUGAACCAGCACCCGGAGCUGUGGCCGGGGAUCCCCUACUGGUGGGGCGACCAGGUGAAGCCUGAGGAGCUGGUGCGCUACCUGGAGCGCAUGAAGAGCGAUGGCCGCCCAGGCGGGCUGUUCGUGGCAGGCAUCAACCUGACGGAGAACCUGGGUUACAUCCUCGUGCACCCGUCUGAGUCCCUCAGGAAGAUGACGCUCCCCCACCUGCCGUACCUGAGCACAUGGGUCCGGGCGCAGAGCCCGGGGCCGGGCGCCCGCUGCACCAACGUCAUUGCGGGCGACUUCAUCGGGGCGGACACCUUCGUCAGCGACGUCAUAGGGCUCAACCAGAAGCUGCUAUGGGGCUGACCGGCCCGCCCUCCCGCUCCGCACACGGGCGCCGACCGAUGCACCUGCAUCCUUCUUGGCGGCGGCGUUUUGGCUGAACAUGGGGAGGGCAGUGGGGUCUGGGCCCUCGGGGGUCCCUCAGCCUCCUCCCUGACUCGGGGCACCCCUGUGGGUGGCCCCUGGCCGCACUGUGUCUCUGGGGUGGAUUCAGUGAAUAUGCUGAUGAUUAAGGGAGGACGCAGGUGGACGGCGGCCCCGUGCCCGUGCUGGGACGCGGGUACUGCACCUGCCCUGUGCCCUGCGCCCCUGUUCUCCAGCUCCCACCUCAGGGAAGGUCCCGGCCACCUCCAGGCCCCAGGGUGAGGUGGCCCACCCCCACGUGCUCCCCGAAAUUUGGCCGUCUGUCUUCCUCUUGCGUUUGGCCUCUGCCCUUUCUCCAGAGGCCACAGUGGGUGCUCACUUUUCCCACCUCCCCCGACCCCU